AACUUUUUUUUCUUCUGUGUAAAUUGUUAUUCUAAUUUUAAUCAUUCGUAUUGAUAAUCACUUUCUACUGUCAAUGGAAUCGUUUUAAUUUAAAUAAUCUAAUCUUGUGUUUUUCUUUUCUUUUCUUUCUCUUUUUCUAUUUCAUCUGAUUUAUUGUUUUUGUUUAUUUCUCUUUAAGUGUUGAUAUAAAUUCAAUUCAAAGACUCUUUUUCUCUUAAUUGUAACUAGUUUAUUCUUUUAAGUUAUACUAUUGCUCAUAUUUAUUUAAUCUCUUUAUUAUCCCUGUGAAUUGUAACAUUUGUGGUUAACCCAGUGUUUUUUUUCUGUGUUUUUCUGUGAAUUACUUGGUCUUUUUUGCUUUAAACUCAAAACUCUUGGGUCGCAUUAUUUUACUAUAUCUUCUUCUAUUCUUCUUUUCUUUUGGUUAUGUUGCUGACAUUCACUAAACUGAUUUAAUUCUCAUCAAAUGAAGGGUAAAGGUAAAAAAGAAAGAGACUCAGAAGAUGAGUGCCCUUUGUUAUUCAUUGACUUCAAAUCGAUUGAUUUUAAAGACUGUCCUCGGUUAUCUUCCAUAUUAAAUCGUAAAGAUGAGAAAAAUAUUGGACUCAAGGAUUUAGAUUGCCUGCAAUUGGAAUUAGAAUCUUUAUUAACUUCUGUUAUUUCAAGAAAAAAUCAGCUUGAAAAUGAAAUGGAAGCUCUGUCCAAUUGGCAGGACACCAAGACGAAAGAUAAAAAAUUAAACACCAAGUCUGAUGCAUCGGGAAAAAGGAGCAAUCAGCUGGAUGCAAGUACAAGUAAAAAGUUCAAAGAAUCUCAUUCGUCGUCAUCUCAUUAUUCAAGUUCUCAAGGGUCAAGUAGUAAUAGUGGAAAAUCUCAAGGAUCCAUUAGGUCUAAAAGCAAAGAUGUCAAAACUCAAGAUUUUCACGAUACAUUCACCGAUCCUUUGGCGAUACCAUCAAAGUCAACACAGAUUAGAAAUGAUCUCCCAGAAAAAUUUUGGAAAUUUGUUGAACCUUAUUGCAGUUCUGUCAAAACAGAAGCAAUUAAGUAUCUGGAAGAGAUCUUGAAACAAUGUGAGAUUGAUCAUGAUUUAUUGAAAGUUCCAUCGAUGGAAAAAAACAACCACAAAUGGGACCACGACUCUUGGGAUAAUAAAAAUGAUUCUUCCAAAAGUAAUACCUCACUCGAGAAAAAGAAAGGACUAAGUCCUUAUAAUAGCUCAACUCUUGGAGAAAAAGGUGCAAAAAAAUCUAAAGAUUCCAGAAAUGAUUCGGAUAAAUGUUGUUUUGGCAUUUUAACUCAAAGGCUGGUCACUUGUUUCAUUGAGGAGAAUCUCUCUCGAGGCGAUGACGGAUUAGACCCUGAUCAUGAGCUCAAUGAAAAGAUACCAAACGGAAGCAAUAUUAAUUUGUUAAAGUCGCUUAAUUUUGGCAAUACCAACGCCUUAGAAAAACGCUUAAAAAAGGAACUCGAAGAACAAGGUCUUCUAGGUCCUGAUGAUGGUGGAAUAGGGGACACACUAGAUGAAGAAUCUGAUGAAAUUUUAGCCGAGAUGAUGAAAUGUCAGAACGAGUUGAAAAUAAUUUCUGCCAAAAAUGUGGCAACAAUUAAAUAUCUCCUGGAAAUGGCAAAGAAAGAUGUCAUCAAACAGGAAUGGGAAACUAAACUUAAAUCAGCAGAUAGUGAAGUUAUGGAUACUUACAGAAAAAUAUUGUCAGCUAAACAGAAAAAGCGAGUGACAAGUAAAAAGGAAAGGGAAGCGGCUUUAAAAGCGUUAAAAGAUAGAGAAAUAAUUUUAAAAGAAAUCGAUUCACUCAAAUAAUCAUCCAAACAAUUAUUUCACCUUUCACCCCACUGAAUUACACCGCCAUCACCUCCUCUUCAUAAACCAUCAUUUAUAUUUCCAUCUCUUCAUAUCGAGCACCACCACCAAUCAUCAUCUUCAUUAAUUAUAUAUAAUCGUAUAAUAGUCUUGUAUUUUCACUUUAAUAAAUGCAAUUUAAGAAUUAAUAUAAAUAAACUUUGAUUAUAAUAAGUAA